AUGUCAGUAUCUGGAAAGAAAGAGUUUGAUGUGAAGCAGAUCCUGAGGCUCCGCUGGAGGUGGUUCAGUCACCCCUCGCAAGGCUCCACAGGCACGGGGGGCUGCCAUCAGCAGGAAGGAUAUGAGCACAGAGGGACACCGGUUCAGAACAGGUUGAAGAACCACUCUCGGGACAGAAAUGGGCUGAAGAAAAACAGCAGUCCUGUCCACCACAAUAUACUGGCACCCGUGCCAGGUCCAACCCCAGUGCACCACCGAUCUAUUCAAACCUGGCAUCAACAAAAUCUCAUAGAACAGCUUCGAUCAAAUGAGGAUAUUCCCAAAACAAGCACAGAGGAAAACUGUGUCAAAGAAGAUUCAAGUAAAACCCCACAGGAGUUGCAGAUGAUCACAGAAGAAAAUUCAGAUGAAUCUGCAGAGAGGCUGUCAACGACCAGCAGCUCACUGUUUGGAAUGAACACCAAUGGCUCAGAUGAGUAUUUCCAGUCUACAAACCACGCAGAGCAAACUUUCCGCAAAAUGGAAAAUUAUCUGCAGCAGAAGCAGCUGUGUGAUGUUCUUCUUAUAGUUGGAGACCAAAAGAUUCCAGCUCACAGGUUGGUUCUCAGUGCAGUGUCUGAUUAUUUUGCUGCAAUGUUUACUAAUGAUGUGCGUGAAGCAAAACAAGAGGAGAUCAAGAUGGAGGGCGUAGACCCUGAUGCGCUGAAAGCUUUGGUGCGCUAUGCCUACACAGGUAUUCUAGAAUUAAAGGAAGACACUAUAGAAAGCUUGCUAGCUGCAGCUUGUCUUCUCCAGCUAUCCCAGGUUAUUGAGGUAUGCUGCAACUUCCUCAUGAAGCAGCUCCAUCCUUCCAACUGCCUGGGGAUUCGCUCUUUCGGAGAUGCUCAGGGCUGCACAGAGCUCCUGAAGGUGGCACAUACAUACACUAUGGAACACUUCACAGAAGUAAUAAAAAACCAGGAAUUUCUUUUGCUCCCUGCUAAUGAAAUUGCAAAGCUCUUGUCUAGCGAUGACAUCAACGUUCCAGAUGAAGAAGCAAUAUUCCAGGCAUUAAUGAUGUGGGUGAGGCAUGAUUUGCAAAACCGGCAACGAGACCUAGGAAUGCUUCUUUCUUAUAUUAGACUGCCUCUACUUCCACCCCAGUUACUAGCCGAUCUAGAAAAUAGUCCCAUGUUUGCAGACGACCUAGAGUGUCAGAAACUUCUUAUGGAGGCUAUGAAGUACCAUCUUCUACCAGAAAGACGGUCCAUGAUGCAGAGUCCUCGAACUAAACCUAGAAAAUCUACAGUGGGUGCGCUUUAUGCUGUAGGAGGUAUGGAUGCCACUAAAGGUACCACUACAAUUGAAAAAUAUGACCUUAGGACUAACAGUUGGAUACAAAUUUGUACUAUGAAUGGUAGACGAUUACAGUUUGGAGUUGCAGUAAUUGACAACAAGCUCUAUAUUGUGGGAGGAAGAGAUGGUCUGAAAACUUCUAACAUUGUUGAAUGUUUCAACCCUAUCACCAAAGUUUGGACUAUAAUGCCUCCUAUGUCAACACACAGACAUGGCCUAGGAGUAGCAAUGCUUGAAGGACCAAUGUAUGCUGUUGGUGGCCAUGAUGGAUGGAGUUACCUUAAUACCGUAGAAAGAUGGGACCCACAAGCACGGCAAUGGAAUUACGUUGCUAGCAUGUCAACCCCUAGAAGCACCGUAGGGGUUGCAGCAUUAAAUAGCAAACUGUAUGCUGUUGGUGGACGAGAUGGGAGCUCCUGCUUAAAAUCAAUGGAAUGUUUUGAUCCGCACACAAACAAGUGGAGUAUAUGUGCUUCGAUGUCCAAGAGAAGAGGGGGCGUUGGUGUCGCAACGUACAAUGGAUUUUUAUAUGCUGUGGGAGGUCAUGAUGCACCUGCUUCCAACCACUGCUCUCGACUUUCCGACUGUGUGGAAAGGUAUGAUCCAAAAACAGAUGCUUGGACAACAGUGGCCCCCCUGAGUGUACCUCGGGAUGCUGUUGGAAUUUGUCCUCUGGGAGACAGAUUAUAUGCUGUUGGCGGCUAUGAUGGCCAUACGUACCUGGAUACCGUGGAGUCCUACGAUGCUCAGAACAACGAGUGGACAGAGGAAGUUCCCGUCAAUAUUGGAAGGGCUGGAGCAUGUGUUGUUGUGGUGAAGUUGCCCUGA